CACACAGGAAACCUCAUAUUUUUUUUUUUAGAAAGGACGCGGCUGUGUUGCAGUGAGUGCUGUUUUAUUUUCCAUGAAGGUUUUCCCCGGAAAAAAAAAAUAACCUGCAGCAAAACGAUUCUUUACAUUUAGUCUGAGCGGUUGUUGUUUUGUUUUCCUCCCUGAAAGAAACGCACAAUCCCGCAGAACUGUUGAUCUGAACUGAGGGGAGAGAAGAAAAAAAAGCUCAAAAGCGCACAUCGCAAGUGUCAUCAUGUCUGGCGAAGAGGCUCCAACUCAGCAGCAGCAGCAGGAACAACAACCUGAGGAGCAGGAGAAGAAGCCCGAUGAACCUCCACCGGCUGCUGCGGCUGCUGCUGCUGCUGAUGCGCCACCGCAGCAGGAGCCGAGCGAGCAGGAGAAGCCCGUCUCCCUCCGCGCUCUGGUCCUGACCGGGCACGGGGGCUACGACAAAGUGAAGCUGCAGGUGAAGACGCAGAGCCAGCCGCAGCUGAAGCCGGGAGAGGUCCUGCUGCGCGUCAAGGCGUGCGGGCUCAACUUCGCCGAGCUGCUGGGCAGGCAGGGUCUGUACGACCUGCUGCCCGCCCCGCCUGUCACGAUGGGAAUGGAGGGCUCCGGGGUCAUCGAGGCAGUCGGGGAGGAAGUGAAGGACAGGAAAGUCGGCGACCGUGUCAUCGCGUUGAGCCGCAGCGGCAUGUGGCAGGAAGCCGUCGUCCUGGCCGCCGACCACACUUUCCCCAUGCCCGAGGAGAUGAGCUUCGAGGAAGGAGCUGCUCUCCCCAUCAACUACUUGACCGCCUACAUGAUGCUGUUUGACAUGGCCAACGUCAGGCCGGGAAAAAGCGUCCUCGUGCACAUGGCAGCAGGUGGUGUGGGUAUCGCUGCGACCCAGCUGUGCAACACUGUGCAGGAUGUGACUGUUUUUGGCACCGCGUCGGCUUCCAAACACGAGACCAUUGCUCAAGGCGGGGUGACUCACCCCAUCGACUACCGCACCAAAGACUACGUUGAUGAGAUACGCAAAAUCAGCCCAAAGGGCGUGGACAUCGUCCUUGAUCCGCUGGGUGGUUCCGACACCCAGAAAGGCUUCAGUUUGUUAAAACCUUUGGGGAUGCUCAUAGUCUUUGGCAUGGCCAACAGUGUAACAGGCCAGAAGAAGAACUUGCUGGCCAUGGCGAAGACCUGGUACAACCAGCUCUCGCUCAACACCCUGAAACUGAUGCAGGCCAACAAGGCCGUGUCCGGCUUCCACCUGGGCCACAUCAAUGACAACGAGCUGCUGGGCAGGACGAUGUCCACGCUGCUGGAGCUCUACAGGCAGGGGAAGAUCAAGCCCCGCAUUGACUCCCGCUAUCACUUCGAGGAGGUGGCUGAAGCCAUGAAACGCAUGCACGAACGCCAAAACAUCGGCAAGGUCAUCCUCCUUCCCGAACCCAAGAAGAUCGAAGAGGAGCCCAAGCCCGCCGCCGCCGAGCCGGGAGAGAGCGCAGAGAAGAGCGAAGCCGCCGCGGACGAGAAGAAAGAAGAGGCCACAGAAGAAGUUAAAGCAGAAAAAGAUUGAGUAAGAGUGUCUCUGUGAUAUUUUCAAGCACUUCCUCAGUGAGUUUCCAUGUUAUUCAGCUGUUUAAAAAAAAAAAAAGAAGAAAAAAAAACAGGAAAGAAAAGAAAAGCAAGGUGCCAUGAAUUCUUUCAGUAUUUUUCAAAUGUUUAUUUUUUGUUGUUGUGCAAUAUGUCUAUAGUGUGGUGUCUUUGAUGGGAACACUUGUUCUUGUUUUUCAAAAUAAAAUGUCACUGUAUUCUGCUACGUUACCUGAGGAAUAAUGAUCUCUGAUAACAGACAGCUAAUGGCUGGUGUUUGUGUUACAGCACCGCACAUUGACAUGUGACUUUAAAAGGUAGGACCAAGGAGCUGGACAUGAAAGAUAUUAAAGCAAGCAGCGUCUUAGCAAGGGUUUAAAGGUGCAAUAUGCAAGAUCGAUGUUCAAAAAGUAAUUGUCAACAGAAGAGGGCGACAUUUCUCCAAAACGUUUGCAUCACAUAGCUGUUAGCAAGCUAAUUGAGGUAGUCACACGCAGCCUUUUCUAACUGGACUGAACUGCAUAAUGAUGUUAAUGCUACAUAGCUAACAUUAGCGUAAUAAAAACUCUUAUGCAUACAAGUUUAGCACUUUAGGCACAAACUGUCUCCAGAGGUGGAAAGUGUUGUUGCCUGUUUUUCUUCUGUCUAUAACUUCUAUUCUUUAUAAAGUGUUGUUACAAGAUGUGACGGGCCCUGAGGCUAGCUGGUUAGCAUGCUAACUGCAGUAGAUAUCUAUGUGACGCAAUACGUACUGAUACUUCCUCACAAUCUGUUGAUAAUUUUUUUUUUGACGUUUCCUUUAAAAAAAAUAAACUUACAUAUUGCACCUUUAUUUCACCUUUGUGCACAAUUGUUCUCACUGAAGACUACAAUCAUGUCUCCUCCAUCAAGCCUGCUAAUUUGCUAAUAGCGAAUCGUGAUACUAACAUAUGAUAUUUGGGUAUAAUUCACAGAAAUGGGAUUAAAGAAGGAAGCAGUAAUCUUUUUUUUUUUUUUUUUUUUUUUAAGUAAGAAGUAAUGAGACUAGAAGUUUUUGUUUAUAUUCCAGUGUGCAACAACAACCCUUAACGUAAAGACUUCUGUUAAAGGCCCAGUGUGUAGAAUCACCUUAAAACGAUAACGAAUGUGUUUUUUUUUAAUCUUGGAAUCAGCCUUUUAUUUCUAAAUAAGGAACAAGUCCCCUUCCUGAAACAGUUUGGUUCUCUUAAUGCAUGUUAAUUUGGUUGCAAUCUGCAGUUUUACCACUAGGUGCCACUAAAUCCUACAUAUUGGACCUUUAAAUGUUUACUGACAAGACGUUCAUAUGUGAUUAUUCUGAAUGCAUUUAAGAGGCUUCGUACUAACAUUUGAUGGUAACAUUUUAAAAAUCCUCUUGCAGAUUAAUUAAUAUUAAACUAAUGAAAUAAUUUACUCACACAGAGGCAUUUUCCAUUAGUAUAAACAUAGCAUAAGUGAUUAUUAGCGCGGUUUAACGGCUUGUGAAGCACUACCAAAGCAUAAUGAUGGUUUAAAUGGUCUUUUCAUGUAUUUCUCCCCUAAUGAAUGUUGCUACACAGUUUGAGGCUCUCUGUCAGUUUCAGGAAAGCCCUUGGCUUGUGUGUUAUUGUUUUUUUUCUUUGUUUUUUUUUUUUUUUUUCACUGUGGUAUUUUCCCUCAUGUAUUAGUGCCAAAUUUUAAACCAGCUUUCACCACUGCCGUCAAGCCAACUGUGAAUAACAAUUAGGGGGACUUCCCUUUUGUCGGCGAUCACGCUCCGGGUUUUCUUCCAAAGAAUGUCACGCUGAACUAAAGCUGAAACUGUUUGGUGAACCCAUUGGAGGGCAGCUUUUCAUGCCUUAAUUUUGUCCUGUGGUUUAGCUGUUUUUUGCAUUAGAGUGAUCAGAGUUUACAGUACUACAAUAUGUGUGAUUCCUCCUAAAGCUCCUAAAGCUUCGCCCUGCUUGUCUUAAUCAUGCUUUUAUUGUUAUGACCUGUCUGUGCUCAAUACACAUUUACUUUGAAACA